AUGACUCCCACCGUCCCUGCCACGACAGAGGGCUACACGCGGGCUCAGUACUGUAAGUGGCCGUGCGAGUGUCCGAAGUCCCCGCCUCGGUGCUUGGUAGGCGUCAGCCUGGUCACAGACGGCUGCGACUGCUGCAAGAUGUGUGCCAAGCAGCGUGGAGAACGUUGCACGGAGGCCGACACCUGCGAUUUCCACAGGGGCUUGUACUGCGACUACAGUGGAGACAGACCUAGGUACGAAAUAGGAGUAUGUGCAC